AUGCUGAACGAGGGAUUCCACUGGCUCUGGAGGAGCCUGCUCCAGGUCCUGAUGCGCUAUCAGCUCUUCCGAUGGCUCUACGGCCUUAUAGCGAUUGUUGAUAACGAACCGCUACCGUUACAAAUGGAAAGCGAAGAGGAAGCACGAAGAACGAAGAAGCAUCUGGAGAAUGUGAAAACCGUAUCCCCCGGAAAAUCAGAAUCAGUCGCGAUUAGAACCGUUCCAAGUGCAAAUGCAAAUGCAAUGGGCAAUGCAGGCAGUGCCGAGAUCGUAUCAAAUCAAAUCAUCCGCCGCCGUGAGAUGAGCACCAUGGGCAAGGAGACGGAGUCCCACAGCAUACCCAUCAGCGAGGGACAGAAUGCGGAACAUGUUCUGUACCGCCUGAAGAGGGGUUCCAAGCUAAGUGUCCACCCGGAUGCCUCACUGCUGGGCAGGAAGAUCGUUCUGUACACCAACUAUCCCGCUGAGGGACAAAAGUUCGUGAGAACGGAGUACCGGGUUCUGGGAUGGCAGCUCAGCAGUGGCAAGCAGGUUACGUCCGUGAUGCAUCCGGAAGCCCAUGUAGUGGACACGGACAUCCGCAGUCUGGUGGAGUUGAACAUGUCCGGCACCUAUCACUUCUACUUCCGGUAUCUGGAAAGACCCGACACUGGCAGCUCCGGAGCAGAUGGCGCUCUGUAUGUCCAAGUGGAGCCCACUCUGCAUGUGGGACCGCCGGGCGCCCAAAAGACCAUUCCCCUGGACUCGGUGCGCUGCCAAACGGUGCUGACCAAGCUCCUGGGACCGCUGGACACCUGGGAGGCCAAGCUGCGCGUGGCCAAGGAGGCCGGCUACAAUGUGAUCCACUUCACGCCCAUCCAGGAACUGGGUGGCUCCCGCUCCUGCUAUUCGCUGCGUGACCAACUCAAGGUCAACUCCCACUUUGCGACCCAAAAGGGAGGCAAGGUCAGCUUCGAGGACGUGGAGAAGGUCAUCAAGAAGUGCCGCCAGGAAUGGGGGGUGGCUUCCAUCUGCGACAUCGUGCUCAAUCACACUGCCAACGAGUCCGAGUGGCUGCUGCAACAUCCGGAUGCCACCUAUUCGUGCGCCACCUGUCCCUACCUGCGACCCGCCUUCCUGCUGGACGCCGCCUUCGCCCAGUGCGGAGCGGACAUAGCCGAGGGCAGCCUGGAGCACGUGGGCGUGCCCCAGGUCAUCGAGCAGGAGUGCCAUUUGGAAGCGUUAAAGUACCAGUUGCACACCUCCUACCUGUCCAAGGUCAAUAUACACGAGCUGUAUCAGUGCGAUGUGAUGAAGUACGUCAAUGAGUUCAUGACCCAGGUGCGAACUCGCGAGCCACCAAGGAACGUGGCCAACGAGUAUCGCUUCCAGGAGAUCCAACUGAUACAGGACCCGGAAUAUCGACGCUUGGCCAGCACCAUCAAUUUCGAGCUGGCGCUGGAGAUCUUUAAUGCUUUCCAUGGCGACUGCUUCGAUGAGGAGGCCCGGUUCCGCAAGUGCGCCGAAACCCUGCGCCGCCAUCUGGAUUCCCUCAACGAACGCGUGCGCGCCGAGAUCCAAGGUUACGUCAACUAUGCCAUCGACAAUGUUUUGGCCGGAGUGCGCUACGAGCGAGUCCAGGGCGACGGGCCCAAAGUGAAGGAGAUCUCCGAGAAGCAUUCGGUCUUUAUGCUCUACUUCACGCACACGGGCACCCAGGGAAAAUCGCUCACUGAAAUCGAGGCGGAUAUGUACGGCAAGGGCGGAGAGUUCUUCAUGGCCCACAACGGCUGGGUGAUGGGUUCCAGUGAUCCGCUGCGGGACUUCGCCGAGGAGCAGCCGGGACGCGCCAAUGUCUACCUCAAACGCGAGCUCAUCUCUUGGGGAGAUAGUGUGAAGUUGCGCUUCGGCAGGCGACCGGAGGAUAGCCCCUACCUGUGGAAGCACAUGACCGAGUACGUGCAGACCACGGCGCGCAUCUUCGAUGGAGUGCGCCUGGACAACUGCCACUCCACGCCGUUGCACGUAGCCGAAUUCCUGCUUGAUGCAGCUCGCAAAAUCAACCCGGAGCUCUAUGUGGUGGCCGAAUUGUUCACCAACUCGGAUGGCACCGAUAAUGUCUUCGUGAACCGAUUGGGUAUCACCUCCUUGAUCCGUGAAGCCCUUUCGGCUUGGGAUUCCCACGAGCAGGGACGUCUGGUCUACCGGUAUGGAGGAGUGCCUGUGGGUGGCUUUUUUGCGAACUCAUCGCGACACGAGGCCACCAGUGUGGCCCAUGCCCUGUUCCUGGAUCUCACCCACGACAAUCCGUCUCCGGUCGAGAAGCGUUCCGUUUACGAUCUGUUACCCUCGGCAGCACUGGUCUCCAUGGCCUGCUGUGCCACCGGAAGUAACCGUGGCUACGACGAACUGGUUCCCCAUCAUAUUCAUGUCGUGGAUGAGGAACGGAGUUACCAAGAAUGGGGCAAAGGAGUUGACUCCAAAUCCGGAAUUAUGGGUGCCAAGAGGGCAUUGAACCUGCUGCACGGACAACUUGCGGAGGAGGGCUUUAGCCAGGUGUAUGUAGACCAGAUGGAUCCCAACGUGGUGGCCGUUACCCGCCACUCGCCGAGCACUCACCAGUCGGUCAUUCUGGUGGCUCACACGGCCUUCGGAUAUCCCUCGCCGAAUGCCGGACCCACCGGAAUCCGUCCACUGCGUUUCGAGGGCGUGCUGGACGAGAUCAUCUUGGAGGCCAGUUUGACCAUGCAGAGCGACAAGCCUUUCGAUCGUCCUGCUCCGUUCAAGAAGGAUCCCAAUGUGAUCAACGGCUUCACCCAGUUCCAGUUGAGCCUGCAGGAGCAUAUACCGCUGGCGAAGUCAACUGUGUUCCAGACCCAGGCCUAUGUGGAUGGCAACAACACGCAGCUAAACUUUACCAAUUUACGACCCGGUACUGUGGUGGCCAUAAGGGUGUCCAUGCAUCCGGGUCCGCGUGCCAGCUUCGAUAAGCUCCAGAAGAUCUCGAAUGCCCUGCGCGUGGGCUCGGGCGAGGAGUGGUCCAAGCUGCAGGAGAUUGUCUCCAAAUUGGAUCUGGUGGCCCUGAGUGGAGCCCUCUUCACCUGUGAUGAGGAGGAACGGGAUCUUGGCAAAGGUGGCAACGCCUACGACAUACCCAACUUUGGAAGGAUUGUUUACUGCGGCCUGCAGGGAUUUGUUUCCCUGCUGACGGAGAUUUCACCCAAAAAUGACUUGGGUCAUCCGCUUUGUAACAAUCUGCGCGAUGGUAACUGGAUGAUGGAUUACAUUGCCGAUCGCUUGACCAGCUUUGAAGACUUGAAGCCCCUCUCCACGUGGUUUAAAGCCACCUUUGAGCCCCUGAAGAAUAUUCCGCGCUACCUCAUACCCUGCUACUUUGAUGCCAUAGUCAGUGGGGUUUACAAUGUGCUAAUCAACCAGGUCAACGAAUUAAUGCCUGAUUUCAUCAAGAAUGGUCACAGUUUUACCCAAUCCCUGGCCCUGUCCACGCUGCAGUUCCUCUCCGUUUGCAGGUCGGCCAAUCUGCCAGGAUUUAGUCCUGCCAUUGCUCCACCCAAACCACCGAAACAAUGUGUGACCCUCUCCGCUGGUUUGCCGCAUUUCUCAACGGGUUACAUGCGCUGCUGGGGUCGUGACACCUUCAUCGCUCUGCGUGGCUCCAUGUUCCUCACUGGCCGCUACAACGAAGCCCGCUUCAUCAUUAUUGGAUUUGGAGAGACCCUUCGACACGGUCUGAUCCCAAAUCUAUUGGACAGUGGCAGCAAGCCCAGAUUCAACUGCCGUGAUGCCGUCUGGUGGUGGAUGUACUGCAUCAAACAGUAUGUGGAGGAUGCCCCCAAGGGUGCCGAGAUCCUGAGGGACAAGGUGUCGCGCAUCUUCCCGUACGACGAUGCCGAGGCUCAUGCUCCGGGAGCCUUUGACCAGCUGCUGUUCGACGUGAUGCAGGAGGCAUUGCAAGUGCAUUUCCAGGGAUUGCACUAUAGGGAGCGCAAUGCAGGCUACGAAAUCGAUGCGCACAUGGUGGACCAGGGCUUUAACAACCACAUUGGCGUUCACCCGGAGACUGGCUUUGUGUUCGGUGGCAACAACUUUAACUGCGGUACCUGGAUGGACAAGAUGGGCUCCUCGCAGAAGGCAGGCAACAAGGGACGACCCAGCACUCCACGCGAUGGAUCCGCCGUGGAACUCAUUGGCUUACAGUAUGCCGUACUGCGGUUCAUGCAGGGUCUGGCCGAGAAGGAGGCCAUUCCGUACACUGGCGUGGAGCGGAAGGGACCGUCGGGCGAGGUGACCAAGUGGAGCUACAAGGAGUGGGCAGAUCGCAUCAAGGACAACUUCGACAAGUUCUUCUUUGUGUCCGAGUCGGAAACCUGCUCGGUAGCCAACAAGAAGCUGAUCUACAAGGACAGCUAUGGAGCUACCCAGAGCUGGACGGACUACCAGCUGCGAUGCAACUUCCCCAUCACCCUCACUGUAGCCCCCGAGCUGUGCAAUCCCCAGAAUGCCUGGCGUGCACUGGAGCGGGCCAGGAAGUUCUUGCUGGGACCGCUUGGCAUGAAGACCCUGGAUCCCGAGGACUGGAACUACAGAGCCAACUAUGACAACUCAAACGACUCCACCGAUUGCACAGUGGCCGAUGGCGCCAACUACCAUCAGGGGCCGGAGUGGGUGUGGCCCAUUGGUUUCUACCUGAGGGCGCGCCUGAUCUUCGCCAAAAAGUGUGGCCACCUGGACGAGACCAUCGCUGAAACGUGGGCCAUACUGCGGGCUCAUCUAAGAGAGCUGCAGACAUCCCACUGGCGCGGAUUGCCCGAGUUGACCAACGAUAAUGGCUCCUACUGCGGAGACUCCUGCCGCACGCAGGCUUGGAGUGUCGCCGCCAUUCUUGAGGUACUCUACGACCUGCACUCCUUGGGAGCUGAUGUGGCCUAAACCACCUAAAAUACUCAUACUCAGACCUGUUAGUUGCUACCAAAAACUGUUAUUAGUGUUACAUUUGAUAAUUGUACGGAUACAAAAUGGAAUGAGAUUCGAUGCCAGAUGUCCCUCAAAAAUUUUGCUAUUUCCUAUUCUAUUAAAGUUGCAAUUGUUUU